UAAAUAGAUUUCUAAGUACUUUUUAUUCAAAACCCUAGCGUAGCCACCACUGAGCUCUGAAGAAAACCUGCCAUUAAAUUGUUUCACUUCUCCUCCCAUUUAUACACUUCGUAGGGUCAGAAGUACAAGAUUCGGCACUUGGUAUUAGGGUUCGAGAAGCAAAAGUGUCUCAUAAUGGAAGCAAUCACUCAAGGAGUAAACAACAUCAACUUUGGCGCUGAUUCCCACAAGAAGAACAGGAUUCAAGUUUCCCAUAGCAAAAAGCCCUUGUUUUUCUACGUUAAUCUCGCUAAGAGGUAUAUGCAGCAGCACAAUGAGGUGGAGCUGUCUGCACUUGGAAUGGCUAUUGCGACGGUGGUCACAAUUGCGGAAAUUCUGAAAAACAGUGGUUUGGCUGUUGAGAAGAAGAUCACUACCGCAACAGUUGACAUGAAGGAGGAGUCUCGAGGGUGGCCUGUGCAAAAAGCCAAGAUCGAGAUAUUACUGGGGAAGACAGAAAAUUUCGAUGAAUUAAUGGUGGCUGCAGCUGAAGAAAGAGAGGCUGUGGAUGGUGAGUAUCAGAGUUGAAACAUGAGACAAGUUUUGCUUUGUUAGUUUCUCUUGUGAUCAGUUUCUAAUGCCCUUUAUAUUUUGGUGAAAACACUGAAUCUUUUUACACUUUGUAGGUGUUUUAGUAUGCUAGGAAAAGCCUUUUUCUUUUCAAUAUUCGAUUUUGGUUUCUAAUCUACAUUUUUUCUAAUAAAAGUACAGAUAGAAUAUGUUUUGGAUCAA